AUGCCCGACCCAGCCCAGAUCAGCCGUUCCUUAGGAACCAUCCGGACCGAACUCGAAUAUCUCGCUUCAUCCGGUGUCUUGUCGCCUCCACAGUUACAGUCUAUCCAAGCUCAGUUGCCUCAACCAAACGGCCAGCAAUCACCCUACAUGGAUCCAAAGUACGUGGCGGGUGGGAAUCAGUUCAAUCCUAGUUUGGUGGCGCAGCAGGCGCAGGAUCCGAGUCAUCCGGCGAAUCCGGGACAUCCUAAGCAUCAUGAAUGGGCGAGCAAAUUGGCAAUGAAAUUUGGGAAUGCGGCAGUGUAUGGGGCUGGGGCUAAGUUUGGGGCGGAUUUGGUUAAUGAUGCUAUGAGGAAGUUUUAA